GACGUCGCAGAGACGGACAAUGAUUCCACUCUUCUCCAGAAUCACCUAGAUGAGGGCGAAAGAAAAGAGCCUAUGAGGCCCCAGGCCAGCACAAAGUCUAUGAGUCGAUCGCUUUAUAUCCUAUUUCCUGUUGUCAUCUACUUUUUCUUCGUGAUUUUCUCAUGGGUUACUAUUUGCGUCUUGACAAAGCGGCCGAUAACGACCAGUACUUAUCGCUAUAAUCAUUGGAUUGGUCCCAAGGAAGUGCGCAGCUUGCACAAGAAGAAUGAGAAAUGGUACUCUGCUGCCAGAAUAUGCCAAGCAAUAGUCGCAGUUUCCACGAUUCCCUUAACAUCUGCUGUAUGCUCGAGCGCGGCAGUAGUAUACGUUCAACAUAUGACCAUUAAAUCCGCUCCAAACCUCACCCUUCGCCAGAUGGUAACGCUUGCCGACCGGGGCUGGACAGAUCUCAUCCUAUUGUCCAAGCUCUUUACGAGAAUCUCAAACUGGAAGCGAUACAGCUGCCUGUUCCUAUUCAUUGCAAAUCUUGUGGAUAUCCCAAGCAAGUUCGACGAUCCACGACCCAAUAACGCAGUUUUGACCACGAGAAAGGCCCUGGAAACAGUAUGGGCCUACGAUGGCUUAUCUGAGCUUUGGGCUGGGAACAACAAGAGUUGCAGCACACCCGGAGACAUGGACGAGAGUGCUUCAAAUGGAUGCAGACAGCCAGAUCUUACCUGGGGCUCCCUUCUAGACCUCCAGGACCCGUAUAUAGCACAAUUGGCUAAUGGGUUUAUCACCGGUCUUAUUCGUCAGACUGUACCUCGAAUUAACUCGACCGCGCAGUACAAGACUAUCUCAGAGGAUGGCUUUCCUGUCGAUUGCGACAGUCUUGAUUGGGGGCUCUCUUAUAAGUACAGCAACUUCACAAACAAUUCAAACGGAGACCUCGCUUGGUCUGUUCACGCCUGCAUGCCAGUCGACUUGCGAAUAUCACCUUGGAAGAAGACUCGUGACCGACAAGACUACUCGGAGGAGCUUUUUCUGAAUAUAACCAUGUCAGAGGACUUAUGGGAAUUAGUUGACCGCGCGAAUAGCAAAGGCCCAUAUUCACGUACGUUCCGAGUAACGGUCACUACAACAGCAGGGUACUUUGAACUCCCCAAUUAUAUGAACGAUCGGACUCCGGGUCCACUCAUGGAGCGGAUACCAGAAGCAUUCUGCGACGAGGAGUGCGUGUACCAGGGAUCGAUCUCCGAGGAUACCCAAGACGGAAUGGAAGCCGAACAAAGUACCCAGCCAGCCAAAAGGCUGUCCGAAUUCGAUAACCUCGACCAAAUCCCAAAUAAAGGCCCUCUACUAACCACGGCCAUGGCGCUGUUUGGCCCAGGCUCGUAUUUGGACACAUACAAUCACCCCCCUGAGUCGUACUACUUAAGCAAGACAAACCGUCAGACUUGUGUCGAUCUGGUUCCUCUAACACGCUUCCUCACCUCCCUCGACCGGAAGUUCGAUGCCUUUUUCAUGCAAACCUGCGUGAGGCCCAUGGGGCAAUUUGAGUCUUUCGAUACGGUAGCUAAGUUCUUAUACAGCUUUGGCAUGGAUGAUACGGUCUUGUCCCAUGCCUUCACCGUUGCGGCAUACUUAGCAAAUCGUGCCUGGCUGUUAGAACUGGAUGGGAGCAUUCAGUCCUAUUUUUCAGUGGCGUAUGACCUCGGUACAGACUCUCAGCGGCCCUCCAUCUCGCAAACGGGCAUGAUCGUUAUUUCCGUGUUGAUGGCUAUCUAUCUGGGCGCUCUUCUUGCAACAACGCUGUAUGCCACCUCCGGCCGCCGGUGGACUGAUAAGCUGGAUGCUUUCGCGAUGAUGCGCCUCGGGGCCAGCAUCAGCGAGCAGGUGCCGCUGUGGAUAGCGGAGGAAGUGGACGAGAUAAAAACUUUGGACGAGACGCCAGGCUGGAUAGGAGAUAGUGCCACGGAGGACAAGACGGUGGGACAAAUUGCCCUAGGUGGCACGACCCCGUUGCGCUCGAGGCGGAGGUAUGUUUCGUACGAGCGAUCAGAGGAGUUUGUGGAAAAGAAGAAACAAAAGAAGGAAAAACGAAGGAAGAGAGCAGAACGCAAUCCACAAGCCUUACAUGUCGGCGAUGUAGUGCCUGGUUGGCGCUAG